GAAACCACGUAAACACCAGACAGCACAGCUUGCUGUUGGUUGCACGUUUGCAGUAGGGGGUUGUGCCGCCCCCCGCCCCACGCUCGCACCCCAUCUCGAAGCUACAGACGGGGAUUUUCGUCCACCAAUAUGGAUUCCAAAAGAAGAAUGAGCUUCAGUGAAAGGCACCAGAAUUUAGUAGAUAAAAACCUCAGCAAACAAUUCCGUGUUGAGUCACUAAAAAAGAUAGGUAAUCAAGUCAGGAGUCAAAUGGUGCAGAAUGAAAAUGAAGCCCGUGCUGAGCAAAAGAGAUUCCUCAGAUUAUUACAAAAUGAACAACGUGAGUUAGAUAUGGAAGAGGCCAUUCAAAAGGCAGAAGAAAACAAAAGAUUGAAGGAACUCCAGCGUGAACAAGAAGAAAAACUGGCUGUGGAACUGGCAAAGCUAAAACACGCCAGUCUGAAGGACGAAAAGAUGAGGCAGCAAGUGAGAGAAAACAGUAUCGAGCUCAGAGAACUGGAGAAGAAAUUAAAAGCAGCCUACAUGAAUAAAGAAAGGGCAGCUCAGAUUGCUGAAAAGGAUGCCAUUAAAUAUGAACAAAUGAAACGUGAUGCUGAAAUAGCCCAGACCAUGAUGGCAGAACACGAGAGAAUAGUGAAGGAAGAAAGUGCCGCAGAAAACAGACGGAAUAAAGUGAAAACACAGUACAGUCUUGACCUAGAGAAACAACUUGAGGAACAAGAGAAAAAAAAGCAGGAAGCUUAUGAACAGUUAUUGAAAGAGAAACUCAUGAUUGAUGAAAUUGUUAGGAAAAUCUAUGAAGAAGAUCAAUUAGAAAGACAACAAGAGUUAGAAAAAAAGAAUGCAACUCGAAGGUAUAUAGAAGAGUUUCAGAAAGAGCAGGCUCUCUGGAGAAAAAAGAAACGUGAGGAAAUGGAAGAAGAAAACAGAAAAAUCAUAGAGUUUGCCAACUUGCAUCAACAAAGAGAAGAAGAUUGGAUGGCGAAAGUUCAAGAAAAUGAAGAAAAAAGGCUACAGCUUCAGAAUAUGUUGACACAGAGAUUGGAAAAAAUGCUGCAGCAACGUGAAGAUUUGGAGCAAGUGCGACGAGAAUUAUAUGAGGAAGAACAAGCUGAAAUACAUAUGAGGAAACUGAAAGAAGAAGCAGAGGAGAAAUUGAGAAAGCAAAAAGAGUUGAAGCAAAAUUUUAUAGAACAAAUGGCCUUGAAGGAACUGGUACAACAGGCUGCAAAGGAGGAAGAGGAGAUCUUUAGAAAGGCUAUGUUAGCUAAACUCGCCGAGGAUGAUCGCAUAGAGUUAAUGAAUGCUCAGAAGCAAAGAAUGAAGCAACUGGAACACAAGAGGGCUGUGGAAAAACUUAUUGAAGAGCGCCGCAAACAGUUCCUUGCAGACAAACAACAUGAACUGGAAGAAUGGCAGCUGCAGCAAAGAAGACAGGGAUGUAUUAAUGCAAUUAUUGAAGAAGAAAGACUAAAACUGCUCAAAGAACAUGCUGCGAACUUACUAGGAUAUCUCCCUAAAGGUGUAUUCAAAAAAGAAGAUGAUAUUGAAAUGCUUGGUGAAGAGUUUAGGAAAGCAUAUCAGAAAAGGAGUGAAGAAAAGUGAUAUCAAGAUUUGGUAAAACCUGGAUUCUUUUGUAUGUUACCACUAGAUGUCAGUGUGAUUUUUGUUUUAGUGAUAGUAAGAAUCUAUUGUCUACUUGAAUUUUCUAAAACAUCUGUUAUCAUUUGUAAAUGGUACUCUAUAAGAAAACAUUUUUCUUUUCUUAUAAAAAUUAAAAUUACUGAAUAGUUUUAACUGCAAAAUUAUUUGGUCAAAUUGUUUUUAUACUAAAAUUCGAAGAUCUGAGUUCUAUACCACCAUAUUACAACUUUUUUUAUAUUUACAUAUAUAUAAUGUAAAUUACAUAUAUUACAACAUAUAUAUAUCAUAUAUAAAACCAAACCCAGGAGAUUAACAUUUCUAUACUACUGUUCAGAACUUUUUCUGCAUCCCUAUUCAGUCCAUGCUAUGUUUGUGUUUAAGUACUUAGAGUUAAUUUGGGUUUAAAGCAUCUUUUUCUGAGCAAGCUACGUCGUGGGGAGCAGACAGCCAUGCUCAAGCCAAAGGCACAGGACUCAGCAGAAGCCAACCCUGACAUCACACUUCUAGUCUCCAGAACUGUAAGACAGUGUCUGUUGAUUAACCCACCAAGGUCUGUGGUACUUAGGCAGCUAAGACAAUGUUAAGUCUAUAUUGUUUUAAAACAUUAAUUUUUAAUGUAAAUAUUUUUAGAUGUAUCUUUUUUUAAAAAAGCAUCUUUUCCUUUGUACUAUAAGGGAGGAGAAAAGUAAAGUGUGAGGGAUUUCAAAGUGCUUUAUUACCUAAUGUGCCUAAUUUGUCUAUCAGAGAAAUUGUUU